GUGACCAAGAGCCGCCUUGAGCAGAAGUCCAGCUAGUCGCCUCUGUCUGGGUACCAGCCCCCUAUUACUCUGCAGGCGGGUAAAGGGAGAAGGAAAGGAGCCCCGGACCGCGCGGGUGUAUAGGUCUGUUGGCCUGUAGAUCGCGGCACAAGUCUCGGCGAGAGAAGGAGCAGACUGCUUCGGUGGGAACCGUGCAGGUCGGUGUGAAGGACCUCAGAUUCACAAGAGCGGAUAUUGGGACUUAAACGGCCUCAGUGCUCAUCCAUCCACUACACUUUCAGUUCUCCGUGGCUGCCUACCUGUCUUUCCAUUCGUCCUUCUGCCAGACUCUGUCCCCAUAUCACUGUGGAGGAAACACUGACAACAGAAGGCGAGGACAGAAGGCACUGGCCUGACUUCGGUAGAGAUUCUUCUCAAGAGAGCUGCAGGAGCCUGGCAGAGGCUGAAGACUGCUACCCUCGUACGUUACACAUUCUGGCCCUAAGUCCUCUUCAAUCAGGUGGAGCCAAACACUCUCCUGUCCUGCCCCAAGGCUGGCACGGACCUGAGCAUGGGACGGGCCCGGGAAGUGGGUUGGAUGGCCGCAGGAUUGAUGAUUGGGGCUGGUGCUUGCUACUGUGUUUACAAAUUGACCAUAGGAAGAAAUGAGAGUGACAACUCAGAGGAGGAGGAGGAAGAGGAAUGGGAUGAUGAUCAGGACCCGGAUGAGGAAGACCCCGAGAUUUGGUUUGAUUUCACGACUAUGGCUCGGCCUUGGAGUGAGGAUGGGGAAUGGACUGACCCCGGGGCCCCAGGUGGCACCGAGGACAGACCCUCAGGUGGGGGCAAGGCCAGCAGAGCACACCCAACAAAACAACGACCUUUCCCCUAUGAACAUAAAAAUACCUGGAGUGCUCAGAGCUGUAAACAUGUCAGUCUUCGCCACUACAAGUGUCCGUUCAUUCAGGGACUGACGGAGCGCCAGGAUGCUGGCUUUGCCCUUAGCCACGGUAUCGAUAGUCAUUUGGCCAGCCUCUCAAGGGCUGGAAACCCGAUUCCCACUCCCCAGGGCACCUUCAGGGAGCAGGCUUUGUGUGCCCUGGGAAGCUCCCGUGCCAGCAUUCAAAGUCAGGGCCAGAUUAAGACGUCCAUCACCAAAGUGUAUCUGCAGCAGGCCGGACUCAGUUUGUUCAUAAGUGUGACGGUUAUUCAUGACAUGCUUGCCAAGUCCAUUACAGACUUGCAGUUUCCUUUGAUACCAGAGGGAAGUGGACCGGUCGAGGUUCAGGCUUCGAAACCGCAGAUGGGUUUGUCUAAAAAGCCAGCGCUGGCGGGAGAACGGCUGGGUUUCCACAUGCUGUUCCCAUUCAUGGUCCUCUUAGCCCUCAGUGCAAACCCAGGGCUGCUCCUGCACACCCCUGCCCAUUAAAUGUCCGUCUCAGGUGCGAUGAGACUGGAUGCCGCCCCCCUCCAGCCGCCCAGAGCCCACGAGGUUUGCAGCUGUCAGAGAAUCUGCAGUGGGUGCUUCAGAGGAGGCAGCCUCAGCCGGUCACCACAUCACUUGGGUGAACGCUGCAGUGGCUUCAUCGAGGACCACACUCUCACUGGCCAGGUGGGGGCUCCACAGAGCCUGCAGUCACUUCCUGGUUUUGCAGUCUGCAGGCAAUGUGCACGGCCCGUUCCUCCCUAGCAGCCCUCUGGUGUGCUAAAGGGAUCACUUUGGUUGCCAGCUGUGGAUAAAGGACAUCUGCUUCCAGCAUCAGGAGUGCUGCCGCUGCCUAAGCAGAGCCGCUCUGCAGAGACCAGACGCAGUCGUGAGCUUGAGCUGAAAAUGCGUUUGUUGCCGCUUGGGUGAAUGGGUUUGCCUUGACUCUCUCUUCUACAGGAGCGCGGGGAUGACGAACCUGGCCAUCCCAAGAGUACGCUGCCCUUCUAGCUACCUUAUUGCCCCCAGCCUCCCCCACCCAAGUCUGCAUCUGUGUAUCAUCAAUAAAGUGUGCUUUCACUGGCAAAAACCAA